AUGCAGCGCGGAUUAGUAACGUACAAGAUAUACAGAGCCCUAAGCUACGGCGUAUCACCGUUUAUCCGCCUCCACCUGCGGUGGCGUAGAUUCCGAGGCCUGGAACAUCUCCAAAGGUGGCCGGAGCGGCUAGGUCACCCCUCUCUACCUCGGCGCCCAGGUCCUCUCGUAUGGUUCCACGCCGUUUCAUUAGGCGAAGGAAUGAUCGCAAUUCCUGUAAUCAAGCACUGCAUUCAGAGAAUGCCUCACUUGAAUGUGCUCAUGACCACCACCACUCUCUCUGCAUUUGAAGUCUUGAGCAACUGGCUUCCAACUGAAGUCAUUUUACAGUUUUCGCCGGUUGAUAUACCUGCUUCCAUUAGUUCUUUCCUUCAUUACUGGAAACCAAAUGCUAUUAUACUAAUGGAAAGUGAACUCUGGCCAAAUCUCAUAAUGGAUGCUUCCAAAAAUGGUAUAACACUGGCACUGUUAAAUGCUCGGAUUUCUGAAAAAUCCUUUAAUCUUUGGUCAGGAUCAUUGUUUCUUCCGUUGAUUUCAUUGAUGUUAUCCAAGUUUUCCUUGAUUGUUCCAUUGAGUACAGAGCAGGGUCUCCGAUUUCAGCUUCUGCAAGCCCCUCCUUAUAUCAUAAACUUCUCUGGUGAUCUAAAGUAUGUAAUUGAAGACAUUGCAGUCAAUGAAUGUGGCAAAAGAAAUACAGAUGAUCUAAGGCUACAACUUUCUCACAAGCAGGUUUGGAUGGCUUCUUCCAUUCAUAGGGGAGAAGAAGAAAUAAUAUUAGGAGUUCACACUGUCCUUAUGCAGCUGCAACCUGAUAUCGUGACUAUUAUUGUUCCUCGGCAUCCACAGCAUGGACGAGAGAUUGCCAAAAAAUUGGAGAGAGAAGGACAUAAUGUAGUUCUGAGGUCACAACACGAGAGGUUUAAGCCAGAAACAAAUAUUUAUGUGGUGGACACUUUGGGUGAAUUAAGACAGUUGUACACAUUAACACCAAUAGCUGUGAUCGGGGGUUCAUUCCUCCCUGGUUUGUCUGGCCAUAAUAUCUCAGAAGCUGCAGCAGCUGGCUGUGCUAUUCUGACAGGUCGCCAUGUUGGCCAUUUCUCCCACAUGGUACUGGAAAUGCAACAAACGAAUCCUCUGUCAGUACUUCAGGUUUCUGGAAAACAGGAGCUUGAAAGAUCUCUCAUUGAGCUUUUCACAGAUACAACACUUCUUGAAGCCCGUCGUAGAGCUGCAAAGGAAGCAAUUUGUAUGUUGUCCAAUGGCAUUGUUACGAAUAUAUGGAGUUUGCUAAAUUUUCAUAUUUUUAGUAGAUUGUUUACCGAGAUGAAGCCUCCUAAUAUCAUAGCUAAAAGACUAUGA